AUGCAAGACAGCCCAUUCAAUCAAAUGAAAGUGUUGGGGAAACUAUGGCCCAAAAAAGAUAUAACCUCUCCUGUCCCUUCUGGUGUUCUUGUAACUCCACCUCUAUUUGUGGCGCUAUCUCCAUUUGCAGAGACCCAUGAUCUCGUAGAAAGCGUGGACGCGACUCGUACAGCCUUGCUAUGGGCCAUUCUAUUGAAAAAUAGAAUCAAAACACAAGUAACUCAACAUUAUUACCUUGCGGCUAGGCGUGUCUAUGAUGUAUUUGCUCCUCUUGGCAUUCAGCAAAUUUAUGGCACCACUAUAGUUACUUUUAAUACAUUUAGGCUGCUAUUGAAUGAAGAUCUCCAACAAUUGAUCCUCUAG